CAGCGGCUGGGACCUUGAGCGCGGCCAGACAGCCUCGGAGCCAGCAGGGAGCAGGGAGCUGGGGGAAGCGAAGCCGAGAAUUCCAGCGCGCCAGAGAGGGUGAGAGGGGCUCGGGAAGCAGGACAGAGCUUUCGCUCAAGGCUGCCAGCUGGCUGCCCCUGGCCAGUGCCGGCCCCUCAGGACGCGCGACCAGACACCCAAUCCCGCCACUGCCGCGGACAGCUCGGCACCAGCCGGAGCGAGGCCCGGGGCGGCCCCGCAGGGACCCUCCCCAGACCGCCUGGGCCGCCCGGAUGUGCACUAAAAUGGAACAGCCUUUCUACCACGACGACUCAUACGCAGCGGCGGGAUACGGUCGGGCCCCUGGCGGCCUCUCUCUACACGACUACAAACUCCUGAAACCCAGCCUAGCGCUCAAUCUGGCGGACCCCUACAGGGGUCUCAAAGCGCCCGGGGCACGGGGCCCCGGCCCGGAGGGCAGUGGUGCGGGCAGCUACUUUUCCAGUCAGGGCUCCGACAACAGCGCAUCUCUGAAGCUCGCCUCCUCGGAGCUGGAGCGCCUGAUCGUCCCCAACAGCAACGGCGUGAUCACGACGACGCCCACACCCCCGGGACAGUACUUUUACCCCCGCGGGGGUGGCAGCGGCGGAGGUGCUGGGGGCUCAGGGGGCGGCGUCACCGAAGAGCAGGAGGGUUUCGCCGACGGCUUUGUCAAAGCCCUGGACGACCUGCACAAGAUGAACCACGUGACGCCUCCCAACGUGUCUCUGGGCGCCAGCGGGGGCCCACCGGCCGGGCCCGGGGGCGUCUAUGCUGGCCCGGAGCCACCUCCUGUCUACACCAACCUCAGCAGCUACUCCCCGGCCUCCGCAUCCUCCGCAGGCGCCGGGGCCACAGUCGGGACUGGGAGCUCAUACCCGACGGCCACCAUCAGCUACCUCCCACACGCACCACCCUUUGCGGGUGGCCAUCCCGCGCAGCUGGGCUUGGGUCGCGGCGCCUCCACCUUCAAGGAGGAACCGCAGACCGUGCCGGAGGCGCGCAGCCGCGACGCCACGCCACCAGUGUCCCCCAUCAACAUGGAAGACCAGGAACGCAUCAAAGUGGAGCGCAAGCGGCUGCGGAACCGGCUGGCGGCCACCAAGUGCCGGAAGCGGAAGCUGGAGCGCAUCGCGCGCCUAGAGGACAAGGUGAAGACACUCAAGGCCGAGAAUGCGGGCCUGUCGAGUACAGCCGGCCUCCUCCGGGAGCAAGUAGCUCAGCUCAAACAGAAGGUCAUGACCCAUGUCAGCAACGGCUGCCAGCUGCUGCUCGGGGUCAAGGGACACGCCUUCUGAGCGCAUCCCCCACCCCCGAAUGGACACCCCCCAGCCUGGACGGCUGGGUGCACGCCUCCCACUGGGGGCGAGGGGGCAGGCGGUGGGCACCCGCCCUGAGGCCUGGGAUGCCGCAAACCACACUGGACUCCGGCCCGCCAGCUUUGCGCCCAGUCCUUUCACCUCGACGUUUACAAGACCCCUUCCACGUUUUUUUGUUUUUUUUUUUUGUAUUUUUUUUUCUGUUGGAAACAGACUCGAUUCAUAUUGAAUAUAAUAUAUUUGUGUAUUUAACAGGGAGGGGAGGGAGGGGGCGAUUGCGGUGGAGCUGGCCCCGCCGCCCGGUACUCAAGCCUGCGGGGACACUAGGGAGGGGACCCCCGCCCCCUGCACUCCCCCUCUGCACCGUACUGUGGAAAAGAAACACACACUUGAUCUCUAAAGAGUUUAUUUUAAGAUGUUUGUGUAUGUGUGUGUUGUUCUUUUUAUUGAAUCUAUUUAAGUAAAAAAAAAAAAGGUUCUUUAUUAA